GCCUCUGUAGUCCGCUCUUAGUAAUGUAGACGUGGUUAUAAAGAGCAGAGCUGAGAACGGUGAGUUGCGCCUCGGGCUAUUCUCCUUGCAAGUGAAAAUGAAGCCUGUUAUUAUUGUUCAUGGCGGGGCUGGUACAAUUGCACAGGAGUAUGCAGAACAAUACCGUUCUGGAGUGAAGCGAGCAGCCCUUAAAGGAUACGAUAUACUGAAACAAGGUGGGGAUGCAGUAACGGCAGUGGAGGAAGCUGUGGUUGUGCUGGAAGAUAAUCCACUUUACAAUGCAGGCCAUGGAUCUGUUUUGAAUGAAGAGGGAGAUGUUGAGAUGGAUGCUAUUAUCAUGAAUGGCAAGGAUUUAUCCGCAGGAGCUGUCUCUGCAGUCAGAUGUAUUGCUAACCCAAUAAAACUUGCCCGCCUUGUAAUGGAAAAGACAGAUCAUGUGCAUUUAACUUGUAAAGGGGCAUCGCUGUUUGCUAAGUCACAAGGUAUCCCAGAAAUUCCUGUUGAAGAACUUAUCACUGAACGCUCAAGAGAAAGAUGGAAGAAAAAUCUAAAACUUGCUUCAAAGCCAAAAGGUACAGGAACCGUUGGUGCUGUGGCUGUUGACAGCCAAGGAAAUGUGGCUUGUGCGACCUCUACUGGUGGAAUUAGUAAUAAAAUGGUUGGACGUGUUGGAGAUACACCAUGUAUAGGUAGCGGAGGCUAUGCAGAUAACAAUGUUGGUGCGGUCUCUACUACAGGAAAUGGGGAAAGAAUUAUGAAAGUAACACUAGCCAAACUUAUUCUUCAUUAUAUGGAGCAAGGUAUGUCUGUAGAGGAGGCUUCAGAUGCAGGACUGAAUUACAUGAAAACUAGAGUAGAUGGCACUGCUGGAGUUAUAGUUGUUAACGGUGCUGGUGAAUGGACAGCAAAAUUCUCUACUAACCAAAUGUCAUGGGCUGCUGUUAAAGAUGAUAAUCUAGCAUGUGGUAUUUAUCUUGGAGAAAAUGAGAUUGUCCCUGUUUCUGAAACUUUGCAAAUAAAUGCAAUGUAAUUGCAAAAUGUGACCGAU